AUGGCCGCCGACAGUGACGGUGGCGCAGCCUCAGCUCCCGCGGUCUCAGACGAUGGUGUCAGCCAAAGCACAAAAUCUGGGGAGGAGCUAGUAGUCCAGGUUCCCGUGGUGGAUGUGCAAAGUGACAACUUCAAGGAGAUGUGGCCAUCCCUCCUCCUGGCUAUAAAGACGGCUAACUUUGUGGCUGUGGACACGGAACUGAGUGGGCUUGGGGACAGGAAGUGUUUGCUGAACCAGUGCAUCGAGGAACGUUACAAGGCCGUGUGUCAUGCUGCCAGGACCCGUUCCAUCCUCUCCCUGGGCCUCGCCUGCUUCAAGCAGCAGCCAGACAAGGGUGAACACUCAUACCUGGCCCAAGUGUUCAAUCUGACCCUACUGUGCAUGGAAGAGUAUGUCAUUGAACCAAAGUCUGUGCAGUUCCUGGUACAGCAUGGCUUCAACUUCAACCGGCAGUACGCUCAGGGAAUCCCAUACCACAAGGGGAAUGACAAGGGUGAUGAGAGUCAGAGACAGUCAGUGAGGACACUGUUCCUGGAGUUGAUCCGGGCCCGCCGGCCCCUGGUACUACACAACGGUCUGAUAGACUUGGUGUUCCUCUACCAGAACUUUUAUGCACACCUGCCCGAGAACUUGGGAACCUUCACUGCUGACCUGUGUGAAAUGUUCCCCGCUGGCAUUUAUGACACCAAAUAUGCUGCUGAGUUUCAUGCCCGCUUUCUGGCCUCCUACCUAGAAUAUGCCUUCCGGAAAUGUGAGCGGGAAAAUGGAAAGCAGCGGGCAGCCGGCAGCCCACACCUAACCCUGGAGUUCUGUAGCUAUCCUUCUAGCAUGAGGGCCCAUAUUGACUACCGCUGCUGUGCACCACCCCCCACCUGCCGUACUCAUUCCACCAACAUCUGUGACAACUUCUCGGCCUAUGGCUGGUGCCCCGUGGGACCACAGUGUCCUCGGUCCCAUGAUAUUGACCUUAUCAUUGACACCGAUGAAGCUGCGGUGGAGGACAAGAGGCGACGGAGACGACGUAAGGAAAAACGGCGGAGGGCUUUGUUGGGCCUGCCUGGGAAACAGCCUUCUGGGGAAGCUGAGGACAGUCCUCCCACCAAGCAGGUCUGUAAGGACAACCUCAAGCCUGAGGAAACUGAGCAGGAGGUGGCUGAGGAUGAGACUGGGACCCAACCUGGCUCUGAGCAAGGUCCCACAAAUGACCUGGAGAUGGAGCCUAAAGCAACAAAGAGGCAAGUCACAACUGACAUGGCCACCUCAGAAGCCCCAGAGAGUCACGUCAGUCCUAACCCAGUGCCUGGGGAUGGACUGCAUCGGGCUGGUUUUGAUGCCUUUAUGACAGGUUACGUGAUGGCCUAUUUGGGAGUGAGCCAAGGAUCCCAGCCCUGUAGCUCUGAACCAUGGCUACCUGAAUGUCACAACAAGGUAUACCUGAGUGGCAAAGCUGUCCCCCUCACAGUGGUUAAGAGCCAGUUCUCCCGUUCUUCCAAAGCCCACAACCAGAAGAUGAAGCUGGCUUGGGGCAGCAGCUGA